CCCCACAAAGUAACGAUUUUCGAACUUACAAACCAAAACAUUCUUUUCAACCACAGCGGACGAGAUUUAAUCAACUCCAAUUAAGCGCCCAGUUCUUGCGAAAUAUUUAGCACUAUAUCCAAAUACCGAAGAUGCCCAAUUUUUGCUUAACGGUUUCUCUUUCGGAUUUUAUUUGAACUACUCGGGUCCUCGAGUUUACCUACAUCCGAAAAACAUGAAAUCAGCAAGCGAGCAUGCAAAUCAUUUAUUGACUAUUAUUGAAAAAGAAAUCGCAUUAGGACGUAUAGCUGGACCUUUUUCCAACCCCCCUUUCCCCAAUUUCCGUUGUAACCCUAUAGGCGUUUUGCCUAAGAAAGACGGGGGUUGGAGGUUAAUUUCAAAUCUAUCGGCACCUGUAGGUAUUAGCGUUAAUGAGCAUAUUGACCCCAUUUUGUGUUCAGUUCACUAUGCUUCAUUCGACCAGGCAAUUUCCUUAAUACAAACCUCGGGUAAAGGGGCGUUACUUUGCAAGAUAGACUUGUCUAGUGCAUUCAGACUUUUGCCAAUUCAUCCAUCAGAUUUUGCUUUAUUAGGCAUGUGUAUUCGAGACCAAUAUUACUUUGAUAUGUGUAUGCCGUUUGGGUGUGCCAUCGCUUGUUCAACAUUCGAAAAAUUUUCAUCAUUCCUCCAUUGGCUAGUAGGCCGAAAGGCACUCAAUCAAAAUCUCAUCCAUUACCUUGACGAUUUCUUGUUCGUUGGUAAACAAAAUACUUCACAAUGUUUAGAUAUUGCUAAUAAUUUUCAGGCAACUUGUGAGGAAUUAGGCGUUCCAAUAAACCAUAAAAAAACACAAGGCCCGACCACACGAUUAUGUUUUUUAGGUCUGGGAAUCGAUACGGUAGCACAGACCAUUUUUAUACCAGACAAUAAGAUUCAAGAACUUCAGUCCAAACUUCAUGCGUUAGUCGCUUUAAAAAAGGUUACCCUUAAAGAAAUGCAAUCAUUAUGCGGCUCCCUCAAUUUCUUUGCUAAAGCCAUUCCAGGCAGCAGGGCAUUUAACCGCAGAUUCUAUAACUCCACCAUUGGCAUACGGAAACUUUACUUUCUAAUCAAAGUUACACAAGCAAUCAGAGACUCUUUACCGAUAGUUGCGGAUCCUACGGCGGAGGUGCAAUUUUUCAGAAUCAUUGGGCAGUAAUUUCCUGGCCAUCUUCAUGGGUGGGAAAAAUUCAGGGCCCUCGCUCCACAUGCAGACAAGAAUCCAGCCCUCAUACCUCCGGCAUUAUUGACUCUUUUAGACCUCAAGUAGAUUGUUUGCUUGAAAAAAAAAUAGCAAAAAACACAGCAUCAACUUAUCAAAAAGCCCUAAACUCUUUUCUGAACUUUCGUAUCAAAUAUAAAUUGCAGUUAUGUUGGCCCCCACCAGUUGACCAGUUUAUUAACUAUAUUGCUUUCUUGAGUGCCAACAAAGUAUCGUUUUCAACGACUAGGUGUUACCUAAGUGGCAUUAGUUACAAAAUUCAGUUAGAGGGCGGUAUUGACAAUACUAGGGCAUUCAUAGUAAGGAAAAUGCUAGAGGGAUUCCAUAGGCUGAACCCAGUAAAGGAUACCCGUUCCCCUAUCACUCUUCGUAUACUGAACCAGUUAAUACCUAUCCUGCCUGUAGUUUGUUCAAGCUCAUACGAAGCCACUAUGUUUUCCACCGCUUUUCAGUUGGCAUUUUUUGCAUUGUUGCGGGUUGGCGAAAUUACCUUCACUCCACUCCUACACUGUUGUACAAUGACGUAUCAAUAGGCGAUGAACAUAUUUCGUUGUUUAUAACUGGUUCAAAAACGGAUCAAUACAAUAAGGGUUCUACUUUGCACAUUCCACUGAACUCCCAAACAGAUUCAUUGUUCAAGCACUUGCACAACUUUUUGUCCAUUAGACCCCAAUCACGUGGCCCAUUUUUCUGCCACCUUAACGCCAAACCGCUCACUAGAUAUCAAUUUACAUCAUUAUUGCACAGGUCUAUUGAAUUUAUCGGUUUA